CUUUGUCUGACUUAAUUGAUAUUUCCUGCUUUUCAUUGACAGCCGGCCAAUCUCCUCCUCCAGGUCUCUCUCCCUCACCAACUUCCUCUUCCACAAGGUUUCUUUCCCGCACCAAGUAUAAAUUACUGAAAGCAUCGCUGACCCCAAAUCCGCCAUGGAUAAACCAUGAAUCUUUCAAAUGGGUUUCUGUAUCCAUUGCUUCUGUUCAUCCAACUCCCGUUUUGCUCUUCAAUCAGCACCAUCAGUUCCGCACAUCCCGUGGCGGACGGCGGCGUUUUAGUCUCCCAAGGAGAAACGUUUGCUCUGGGGUUCUUCAGCCCCCGCAAUUCUCGCCGCCGGUACGUCGGAUUGUGGUACAAUAAAGUCUCAGAACAAACCGUGGUGUGGGUCGCAAACAGAGACGAGCCUCUCAACGACACCUCUGGCGUCCUCUCCAUCAACAGCGCCGGAAACCUCAUCAUCCAGGGCAACGCCAGCAGCACCCCAGUUUGGUCUACGAAUAUCUCGGCGCCGUUAACUAAUAACUCCGAUUCUGUGGUAGCCCAUCUCUUAGACACGGGAAACUUGGUUCUGAUUCGGCAAUCGACGCAAGCAACUGUAUGGCAGGGCUUCGAUUAUCCCACGCAAACCAUGAUGCCGUUCAUGAAAUUGGGGCUGGACCGGAGAACCGGCCUGAACAGGAUCAUAACGUCCUGGAGGUCCCCAGAUGACCCGGGAGUUGGGUCUUGCACCUGCAAAAUAGAUCCCACGGGGAUUCCCCAGUUAUUCAUGUACAAGGGUUCUGCCCGGUGGUGGCGGGGCGGGCCGUGGAACGGAGUCAGAUUUAGCGGCAUACAGGAGAUGAGAGACAACGUCUACUUGAACGUUACUUAUGUUGAGGAUCGUGAUGAAAUAUAUCUGAUGGACAGCGUCCUGAACGCCUCCCUCUUCUUGAUCUCAAUGGCGUUGGAUGAAUCUGGGUAUGCCCAACGGUUAACGUGGCAUGAGACCGACCGGAGAUGGGUCGAGUAUUGGUCAGCGCCCAAUGAUCGAUGUGACAACUACGGACGGUGCGGUGCGUACGGUUAUUGUGACCCGAAUCAAAAUUCAAAUGAAGAGUGCAAGUGCUUUCCUGGGUUCGAGCCCAAGUCACCGCAGGACUGGUACUUGAGGGAUGGUUCACAGGGUUGCAAGAGGAAGCGUGCUGACUCGAUGUGUAACAACGGAGAGGGGUUCGUGAAGUUUGAACGGAUGAAGGUGCCUGACACGACAGUGGCACGUGUGAACAUGAGUUUGAACCUAGAAGGGUGUGAGGAGGAGUGCUUGAGGAAUUGCACGUGCGUAGCGUACACAAGUGCAGAUAUCAGGGAUGGAGGGAGGGGGUGCCUCAUGUGGCAUGGCAAUUUGGUUGACACCAAGUUGUAUACAAGUGACGGUCAAGAUUUGUACAUUCGAGUCGACUCAAUUGAUUUGGCAAAGACAAGAAAGAGCUCUAAUGGCAUUAAGGGUACUAAGAGGACAUUGUUGAUUGUGACUGGGCCUAUUGUUUUGGUAGGGCUUCUCUUGGUUAUCUUUUAUUUGUGCAAGAGGCAUCCAAAGAUUAGAGGUCAUUGGGGAAAAAAAAGUCACAGAAAAAUGUCAUUACUCAAUUUGGCCACAACACACAAGGACUAUCUUGAAGAAGAUGGACAUGAUGUGGGAGAAAGGAAUGUCGAUUUGCCAUUUUUUAAUUUAAGGGAUAUAAAAUCUGCAACAAAUAACUUCACGGACAAGCUUGGGGAAGGUGGUUUUGGUGAAGUUUACAAGGGUCACCUAUCCAAUGGACAAGAAAUAGCUGUGAAAAGGCUUUUGGAAUGCUCACGCCAAGGGGUUAAAGAAUUCAAAAAUGAAGUCUUGUUGAUUUCUAGACUUCAACAUAGAAAUUUGGUAAAAGUUUUAGGUUGUUGCAUUGAUGGGGAAGAGACAAUGCUAAUCUACGAAUAUAUGCCGAAUAAAAGCUUGGACUCUUUCAUUUUCGAUCAUACUAGGAAGGCACUAUUGGAUUGGAAAAAGCGGUACGAAAUUAUCAUUGGAAUUGCUCGAGGCAUUCUUUACCUUCAUGAAGACUCAAGGUUAAAAAUUAUUCAUAGGGAUUUGAAAGCUAGUAAUAUACUUCUUGAUGGAGAGAUGAACCCCAAAAUUUCAGAUUUUGGGACGGCACGAAUAUUUGAACGAAACCAAACUCAAGCAAAUACAAAUAGGGUAAUCGGGACAUUUGGUUAUAUGUCGCCAGAAUAUGCACUAAAGGGUCUCUUCUCAAUGAAAUCAGACGUCUUUAGCUUUGGAGUUUUACUGUUAGAGAUCAUUAGUGGCAAGAAGAAUCUUACUUCUUACAAUGAUGAUCUACUCUCAAAUUUAAUAAAACAUACGUGGGACUUGUGGAGUGAAGACAGAGCUUUAGAGAUAGUUGAUUUUUCAAUGGGCAAUUCUUGGCAAGAGCUUGAAGUUUUGAGGUGUAUCCAUGUUGGGCUCUUAUGUGUUCAAGGUAAUGCUGUGGAUAGGCCAACCAUGUCAACAAUUGUUUUCAUGUUAAGCAAUGAAGUAGCUCUUCCUUCUCCAAAACAACCAGCAUUUGUUGUCAAACAAACCAAUAGGGACCCAAACUCAAGUUCAAUGGGACCCACAUCGAGUACAUGUUCCAAAAACGAGGUUACAAUUACAAUGAUUGGUCCCCGAUAGAAUAUCCAUGUCUAUCUGAAAGUUACUUAUACUGAUGGAAUUAUUGUUAUGGUUAGUUUUUACCCCAAAAUUAUAUGUACUACCAAUCUUUCUUAUGCUUUUAAAAAAAUAUUUAUUAUCGAUAAUACAUUAUUCAAAAGAUAGCUAUGAUCCACAA